CUGCCGUCCACAAAGUUCAAUCGCAGUUGUUGACUCACAUAGGCAGUCACGCACGACAAGGAGGAGAGGUUAGUUGGCCGAAGAUGGCGUCGCCCAGCGAACUAUCCCUGGAAGAGAUCCGCAGGUACCUGCUGGACAAAGGCGGCUCCGCCCGUAAUCAGGACCUCGUCAAGCAUUUCAAAAAGUUCCUCACGGACCCGGAGACUCGGGUGGAGGCCAGGAAUAGGUUCAAGGAGUACAUCAACACCUUGGCGACGAUCAAGACCGAGGAGGGAGAAAAGUUUCUUGUAUUAAGAAAAAAGUUUCGACAUGACAAUAAAGCAUAA